AUGUCCACCCCGAGCCGCAACCCAAACAAUUCUGCAUUCGAUCAGGAGGAGGGUCGCACUGCGCCCAACGUCAGUCAUCAUCCUUCCGACCGCCUCCGUGAUCCUCCAGCAGUAGCCAGUACCUCUCGCCGAUCGCCUUGGACCACUUUCGAGGUCGAUGACACUGCUGCAACCGGGCAGGCUGGCACUGCUGGCAAUUCCGGCGCCGACACCGCCAGACGUUCUAUCAUCUCUAACUUGCAGACUAGAGCCAGAAAUAGGCCUGGCACUUACAUGCUCUACUCCUUUAGCGCAGGAAUACUUCUGACAGCAGCCGUGUGGAACACUAUCGAGGACGUGGCCAGCGCUUGGAACCGGAGUUAUACUAGCGUGGAAGCUGCCUUGAAACAGAGCGAAGAGACGAUUGAAGGUCUUCGCAACGGAAGCAUACCUAUUGACGUAGCUAGCGGUGAGGGGCGAAGUGAAGGGCGAGAUGCUUACGAGGAAAAGGACUUGGUAGCGAGGGUGCUGGAAAGGUAG